CCACAACAUCACGCAAGUAAGAUUUAAUUUUUUCCGCAUAAAAUAAAUUUGUUAAAAUAUAAAAAAAAAAGAAAAUCGGGUUAAAUUAAUAUUAAAAAUAAAAUAAUAUUAUGUGAAAAAUUAAAUGAACAUUUUAAAAUAAUUUUUUUUUUUUAGUUUUUAGUGUGCAAUUUAUAUAUGGUGUGAAUUGUUUAAUAUUGUAAAGUGAAAAAAAAAUUGUGAAAAGAAAAGUUCCAUAUAUAUAUUAUAUAUAUAUAUAUAUGUAGGAAUAUAUAUAUGGCAAAGUGUAUAUGUAUAUGAGGAAACCCAUUGUCAUGGUUUUUACAAAAUUAUAUAUAAAUGUAUUUAUAUACCUAUAAUUAAUAUAUAAAAUGAGAAAAUAAAAAAAAAAAUGCAGCACUAAAUGUGAAAAAAAUUAUUAAGUAUUUUUUUCGAAAAAAAGAAAAAAAAAUAUAAAAUAUAAAAAAAAACAAUAAUCGUAAAAAAAUUAAAAAUAAAAUAAAUUUAUUAAAAAUUUCAAUUUAAAAAAAUUAAAAUAUAUAUAUAUAGUAAUUAAAUAUUAGAUAAAAUAAGAAACCACCACAUUCUGGAUAAAUAUAUCGAUAUAUAUGUGUAAUCAUAUAUAUACAUAUGAUUUUUUUUUUAAUGAAUGAAAUGUAAAUUUUUUGCAUAUCGGUUUGCCCUGAAUUUGGAUGCGAAAUUUUGGGCACCGAAUUAAUUUUUCUUAUAGAAAAUCAAAACGCCAAUGAAUUCUCGACGGCAGUCAUUGGAUCGACCAGGAAUAUUAUCUCCUCCGGGUCCAUUUUUAACACCUAGUCCUUCGCCGUCAAUUUCAGCAGCAAGCCCUCGAUUAGCGCCAUCUCCAUCAAUUUCACCAUUUUCACAGGAUGUGUUAUUAGUUGCAAACAGUACAAUUACUAAUACAACUCAAGAACAGGAACGCAAGGCGGCGACGCCUAGCAGGCGUCAUUCGAUCAACCAAUUAAAUAACAGUGGCAGUCCGAACGCUGGAACUGUAGUUUUUCAGCCAAGUCCUUCACAAUCUCCAGCGGCCGCAACAACUGUCAUUGGGGUAACAGGAAAUGAGUUCAAUACAACUCUAGUAGGAUCUAAUAAUAUAUCAUUAAACAAAAAGGGAAAACGAUCAUCUCAAACAUCGAAUUUUAUUAGCAAUUAUGGUCAAACAACAGCAGCAAAUACUGCGGUAUCAGCAUCUGGUGCUAUUACUUUUGCGCCAUCACCUAAUUAUAUGGCUAGCACUACAAAAGGCCAAACGAAAAAAAUUGGUAUUAACAGCAAUAAUAUUAAUAAUUUUGUUAAUCAAUCACAAAAUCAGAAUCAACAACAAUUAUUACAACAACAAAUUACAGCUCAACAAGCAAUCAAUCCAAGUAGCAGUCCGUUAUUAGCAGAUAGUCCAAUCUCAAGUCCUAGCAGUAAUCAAAUGAAGCCGCCGACGCCCCAACCACAAAUUCUUCAACAACAGCAGAUACCAACUGUUAUCAAUACUACUGGUGGUAAUCAAAUUCUUCAAUUUUUACAAGGUCAACAAAUUAUAAAUGCAACUAGCGCCAUCCAGAGUAUUCAACCACCUCAGUCGACACAUCAACACCAAUUUCAUUCUCAAAAUCUUUCUCGCCAAAUAUCGACUUCGCUGCAUAAUACAUCACAGGGGCCUUCGAUUAUACAGCAAACAACUGUACCAGCUACAACUUCUACCAAAACUACAAAAGCACCACAGCAAAUAUUACCAAAACCUAACCUAGAUAAUAAUAAAAACUCAAAACAACCACCAAUUCAACAACUUCAGCCAUCGCCGCAAAUAUCGCAAUCACCAGGACCGCAGCAAAUUGCAACUGCUACAACUCCACAGCCUCAAAGUGGACCAAUAAUUUUGCCAACAGGGAAUUUAGCUGGGCAGUCGUUGGUUUUAAAUCAAAUGCCAGUUAUAGUACAACAAAACACCCCACAAGGUGUACAAUUAAUUUUAAGACCACCUACACCACAACUUGCUACGGCUCCUUCUUUAGUUAUACACAACACGAGACCACAACUUCAGCAGCAACCCCAACAACAACUUUUACGGAUAUUAAAUACAAAUGGUGCAAUGCAGAUAGCCACUACUCCUACGUUCAUUGUUUCAUCGCAGGCUAAUCUAAUACAACAAAACUUGCAAACGAUCAAAGCAACCCCAACACCGCAAAGCAGCUCUCAAGCAACAGCAACGGCAAUGACUACAGCUUUAAAUAGCUUACAAGCUGCGGUGACAAAUCCGCAACAACAACAACAAAGAUCUCAACAAAUUGCUGCCGCAAUAAAUAACCAUAUAUUUAACCAAAAUAUGGCAGCUCAACUACAGAAUUUGCAAAUAAAUGGCAAUUUAACACAAAUUCAGUUACCAAAUGGGAUUCACACGGCUACAGCAACUCCAGUGCUAUCUCAAAUACCGCAAUUUCAGCAAAGUAUAGCGGCUGCUGGCUUUAAUCAACAAAUACAACAAAAUAUAAAUUUAAAUCAAAUAAACACCGCUAACUUACAACAAAUAGCCGCUGCUGCUGCUGCAGCUGGUGCUACAUUUCAGUCUCCACCACCACCAAAUAUGAACCAGCAAAGUAGCACUGCUCCUGGAAGUACUAGUGCUAGCCCGCAGCUUGUGACUGAAAUUAAUCAAUUGCCUUCUGGUGCUAGUGUCAUGUCAACUACUAAUUUACAAUUUGCAGCCCAAAACAAUGGAACUCCUCAGCAUAUUACGAUAAAAUCUCCAGCGGUAACACCUCAGCCUCACAUAAUUCAAUCUAUUACACCUGAACCUACUGUAAUGCUGGCAAAUAAUGGCCGAAAUACGACAAAUACUACUGCUGCUACAGUUUUAGUGCAACCAGAUCACAUCAUCCAGCAAAUACAGCAACAACAAUUUCUGGCAGCUAAUAAUACACAACAAAGAGCAACGGUUACUGAUGUUAUUCGUCAACAACCUCCUCCACCAAAAGCUCGUAAAUCGAAUAAAGGACGUAAGAAAAAAAUUGAGCAAACUCAAAUUGUUUCAACAGUUAUACCAUCACUUACUACAACAACAUCAUCGUUAUCAAAUAAUGUGAAUACGAAUACGGUUAAUUCUAAUAAUUUCAGUACAACAGGAGUUUUAUCCUCCACAGCUUCAGUUCCCUUUACAACGUCUUCUGUUUGUUCGAUAGCUCCCUCAAUUAGUUCAAAUUCUUCAUCGACUUUAACAUCAAAUAUAAAUGAAAGUUUGAGCAGUUCUUUGUCUAAGAGGGACACGUCUUCACCACCAUUAAAAAGUACUGGAAAAUUAGAUUUAGCAAACGUGAUGAAAUUAUGUGGUAUUAUGGAGGAUGACGAUUAUAUGAUGGACGAUGAACCACUUCCACAAACUCCUACAAAUCAGAAUCCUAUACCGCAAACUCAACUGAUGCCACCGCAAGAUGAUUAUACAAAAUUUAGUUCAAUGGAUAUUGAAAAUAGUUCUAUAACCAUUCCCACAUCAUCGCCCAACGUUCAACAAACGCAAUCACAGCAACAAACGCAAUCAUCAAGUGCAGUUAGUAACGUAAAUGAAACGUCUGAUAUUAUGAUUACGAUUCCAAGUCAAAGCAAUAAUGAAGUUCCAUUUUCUUUUACAAUACCAACAAGCCAAUGUGAUAAUAAUAAUAAAACCGUCAGUUCAAUAAAUUCUAAUUUGAAUUCGACUAGUGCAUUGCAGCCUGCAACCCAAAGUAUUUCGAAUUUUGAAUUACCAGGCAAUUCAAUUAUAUCUUCAGCACAGAAUGUAACGGCAAAUUUAACUGUUGUACCUGCGGUUACAUCACAAAAUCAAACAACUACAAAUAUGAAUGAGGAACAAAUUCAAAUACCACAAAAUUUCGUAAUCAAAAUUGACUCCAAUGAUGUUGGAGGACAACCAUAUACGAUCUCUAUACCAGGUCUUACGUCAAACGAUAUUCAACAACAAAUAUCGAUGAUUCAAACACAGCCUUCUUUGCAAGGUUUGCAGUUGGUCCCUCAAUCGCCGCAAUCACUCCAAUUACAAAUCACUCCAACCACAGCGUCCACAUCGGCAAACAUAGUUCCUUCAACGACUAUGGGUCAAAUUUCAACGGUCAGUCAUAAUCAACAAACAACAAUUCAAAGUUAUGUGACAAAAUCCAACACACAAUUAUUAUCAGGAUAUACAGCAAUACCAACAACUUCUGUGCCAGUUUCCAGCGUUACUUCGCCAACAACUACAACAACAUGUAUCAAUCCUAUAACUACGAAUGCAGGAUCAACCGGUGCAGUGACAAUAACUACCUUUGCAAAUCAAUUGCAACCCGCUCCAACGAUAACAUCCCGAAUGACGGAAAUUCAGAAUAGUUUGAUAGGAGUUAACGCACCUUCACAACAGUUAUCAUACUUACAGUCGGCACAAGUGAAUCAACAGGCUCCUUCUAGUUCCGUAUUAGUUUCAACUGCGGUAUGCUCAAUCCCGGUGUCUAGUACAAUUCCUGUUCCCACUUUAAAUACGUCAGCAUCUUCAAUCAACAGUGGAAGUAUAUUGACUACAUCAACUACAACAACUACAACCGCUGCCAUUAAACCACGUCGUAAACAACCAGUUAAAAGAGCUAAUAAAAAAACGCAACCCAUCCUAAUGUCAAAUAAUGCAGUGGUUGGACAAACUGUAGCUACGACAGAGUUGAUACCUACCACAGUGUGUAAUGUACCAAGUCAGAUUGGAAACAUUCAAAUAUCUCAAAUAGAUGCCACGAAACAGCAAGGUCAAAAUCAGUUACCAUCAAUAGCUACAAACAUAGUUGAAAACAAAAUUCAAAUAAUGCCGAUUAUUGAUUCCGCCAAAAAUGUAACCACUACUUCGGCUUCAACUGUUAUUUCUCAACCGAAUUUCUGUACUAGUGCAAACCCAAUCAUAACGACCAAUAGUUUAUAUACAACAAGUUCUACAACUUCUGGAAUACCACAAACUCAACAAAUAGAAAAUAUAUCCAAUGUUCCAAUAAAUUCUUCAACUGCUGCUUCACUAAUAACCCAGUUGACUGGAGCUUUGAGUUUAGCAUUUUCCGAAGAUGGCACCCGAUUAAUGUUAAGACAUGAUCCAAAUACGCCUCAAGAUUCACAAUCACAAAUUAUCCUGCAAGCUGUCUUAAGUGGAGCUCUACCAAAUAUGACUAUUAUAAACGAGUCAGUGGAUAAGUCUAAAACAACUCAAAUAACUCCAGCAAGCAAUCAAAAGGUUGCGAUUUCCGCAGUACAACAGCAACAAUCACAGCAACAACAAUCCCAAAAUACAUUGCAAAACGUGCAAGCAGCAACGGCAACUAAUAUUCAAACUCAAAAAUUAAAUUCAAUAAAUCAGAGUAUUAAUAGUAAGGUAUCAUCUCCACAAAGCUUGUCCACCCAAACAACAAGUAACGUUGUAAAUCAGCCACCAUCUAAUUCGUCUCAGUUUCCAAUACAAUCGAUUUCUAAUGACAGUCUAGCGCUUUUACAAAAACGACCUUCAUUGGAAGUGAAGAAAAAUGAAGUACCUUUAACUAAUAUAUCUCAACAACAUCAAUUUCAACAUCAGCCUGCGCAAUCAGUUACAAAUAUUGGGGCAUCCCAAACAACAUUGCCCUCAACUUCUGUAGUAGUCACUCCUAAAAUAGUAGCCUUGCCGAAAAUUGAAGCAAAUCAGCAAUUGUUCUCUUUAAAUACGAUAACAAAUCAAAUAACCCAAAUAAAUCCUAAUCAAACUACAGCAUCUUUGGGACCCAUGGAACGUUUACUCAUUGUACCCGCUGGUAUUAAUGCACAGCAGUUGUCUCAAUGUAUGCUACAAGGUCAAAUUCAUUUUGACAAUAUUAAUCCUGUAGCAUCAGAACAGUCUUCAAAUUCUCAAUCACAACAAAUGCAAAUUCAACAAAAUAAUUUACCUGUUGGUACAGCAGCGCCUCGUAUCCAACAACAACAAAUAGUUCAUCCACUAACAAACCAGCAACAAUCAACAUCGAAACAAGUAGCAAAUGUAGCACCAAUAAUUGAUGCAAGCAGAGUUGGCUCUGUAAAUGCAAUUAAUAAAAUUGAUCAGCUAAAAAAUUCAAAUGCAAGUGCUAUAGCAGCAGCAGUUGCGAAAAGAGGAAAACCAAGAAAACAGAAAGUUGAAUUAACAAAAAAUUCAACUCUUAAACCAAUUCAAAAACUUAAUUUAAGUACAAAACCUAAUAAUACGAACCUGGUACAAAUUGUUCAACCAACAUCAGCGGUUCAACAGUCCCAACAACAACAGUCGCAACAAAAUUUGAAUAAAGAUCAAAACUUGCCACGGUCUAUCGCAAGCGGCUCAUUUACUUCACAAACUUUAACAGGGAAUGGAACCAAAUUAGUGGGAGUAACAGCUCCAAUGCAGCAAAUAAAUCGAACUAAUACUCUACCUGGCAAUACAUGUACAACCAAUAUAGUUAAUACUACUCCUAUGGUUAUGAAUUCCGCAAAUGUAAUAAAUUCUAUACGUACACAAAAUAGCAAUAAUCCAAAUUUAAGCAACAUAAUGCCGCCAUUAAUAAGUGUUAAUCCAGCUCAAACGACUGUGACGCGGGUGCAAACUAUCCAACUAACACCUCAACAACAACAGCUACUUAAAAACGUUCAAAUGCAAAUUCAACAACUCUCAACAAAAUUAAAAAAUACCAAUUUGCUGUCUACAUUAAAUAUUCCUGCAGAUUUUGAUCCAAAUAAUCCAAUGUAUAGCAAACCUUUACCAUCUUUACAUAAUAUUAACACGAUGACAGAUAUUGAAAUACAUGCUGCUUUACAACGUUUAUUUAUUGAACAACAAAAAAUUUUAGCUUCAGGAAAAAUAAUUCCAACAAUUCAAGCCCCAUCAGUAGGGGGAUUCGCUUCGCUAAUAACCCAAAGUCCUCAACAAAUAAUACAAACAGCACAACAGCAGUCUCCAACAGGUUCAAUUCAAUUGCAGCAAAAUUCAAGUCAAAUGCAAAGUAAAUUCUUGGUAAAUGCAGAAAAUCAAAACACAAAUAAUUUAAAUUUGAGUAACCAAAAACCAAUAAGUGUUUUAUCGUCAAAAAACGACGAAAAGUCCAGUAUACCAUCGAAUGUAGUUCAACCAAAUAACCAUAACAAUACAAUUUCAAGUAAUUCUAGCAAUAAUUGCAUUAGCAGUAUAAAUAACUGUUCUGCUACCCAAAGGAUACAAGUUUAUCCAUUGCAACAAAAUUCUACCAUAGGCUCCCAAAACCAAGUAAACAUUCAGAAUCAACAGAUAUAUAAUCAGCAGCAAAUGAAUUCUCAACAACCUCAAAUGAUCUCCCCUCAACAGACUCAACAAGUAUUCGGUUCUAAUGGACAACUUCAGCUUCCAAACUUACAAAAUAACAAAAAUAUUUCGUCGUCAUGUUUGAAACAACAGCCAAAAUAUGUUCAGCAAACAAAUAAUAAACAAUUUUUUCCAAAUUCGCAAUUUUCUUCAACAACAAGCCUUGAUUCUGAUCACACACAAAAUCAAGUAAAUCAAUUAUUAUCACAACAACAUCAGCAACAACCACAACAACAGUCAUAUCAGCAAUUAUUCCAACAAUCAGAUUAUCAAAAUCAAAACAGCCAACAAGCCACAGAAAUAAAUAAACAUCAUAACUCGAACUCAUUUUUAAAUAAUAUUAAACUAGAAAAUGACGAAGGGCAAGACCUUAAGCCUCCAAUGUCCAAUGAAAAGCAUCAGGAAAUGAAUAAGCAAAUUGACGAGAAAAAAAGUUCCAUACAAAUUAUGGAAAGUCCUAAACCAAAGAUAGCUCGACAUGCUUUAUUUGAACGACAACUGGAAGUAGAUCAACUUGCUUGUGUUAAACCAGAUUACGUUACCCCAUUUCAAAGCAAAGAAGAAGCAGUUAAAAGAUUGAUAAGAUAUCAUUGUGUUUACCAAAAUGACGAAGAGUUUCAAUCAGACGAUGAUUAUGAGCUUGAGAAGGCAGCAAUGAAAUUUCAAGAUGAAUUUGAAAACCUUUCAAAUAAGUACAAACAAUUAAUUUUAAAAGAGUCAAUUCUUCCUCAUAGAACGUCAGAAUUAUGCCUUAUUAAUAGAUUAUUAGUGACAGAUAUUCAAACGGAACUACUACAAAUGCGUUCCGAAGCCUCAAAGGCUUAUUAUGAUUUUGAAACAUCCCCGGAUACGUUUAAUCCGUCACCGAUUCCAAUUAAAUCUGAUCCUGAUUCAAAAUGUGAUAUUGAAAAUGCAUUUAAUCAAGAGCAAGAAACUUCCAAAUUCUUUUUAUCUGAUGGUGCAAAAUCAGAUAUUAAAAAGGAACCGUACGAUUUUGUUAAUAGUUUCAAAAUUGAUGAUGAUUGUAGCACAACUAACAGUUUUAGUCAAAAUACAAAUUCAAGUUCCAGUGGUAGUAAUAAUGAAAUAUCUUCUAUAGGUAACAAAGAAAAUGAUUUUAAUUCAGAUAAAAUAUCGGAUGAUAUGUUUGCUAAAGAAGAAUCAUUGAAUGAAAAAGAGGAAAAAGAGGAAAACAAAGAAUAUGAUGACUUACAUAUACCAAAAAAUCUAAGAGAAAUAAAAAAUAAUAAAAAAAGUGAACCAAUUAAAAACUUUUCAACUUCACUUAAGAGUAGUGCUAAUUAUGAUACGAAUAUGCCUUUUCAAAAUAAAAAUAAUAUUACAAAUAAAUUUUGCAAUAUUCAAUCGGAUAUUAAAAAAGAGAAUCUGGAGAAUUUUGAUAUUGAGUCUGAAAUCACUCCAAGUUUCAUUUUGAAAAAAAUUGAUUCAAAACAACCACCAAUCGAUUUGCCAUUCGCAGUGAAUUCGUCAAGUAAUGUUUCACAGAAUAGUAAAUUUUCUAGUAUAAAUGAAAAUAAAUUUCCUUCAACUUUUGAUAAAAUAUCCGAUCACAAAUUUCAAAUAAUAAAUCAAAUACCUGACCGAAAGAACAGCGUACUAAAUGACAAUAAAUUCAGUCACAACAAGUUUAAUCAUUCAAAACAGAAUCAAAUAAUCAAUGGACCAUCAAGCUCCAAAUUUAGUAACGAAACCAGAUUCAAUUUUAAUGAGCAACAUCGUUCCAAUUUUAUUAAUAAUAAUGAUUGUAAGGUUUCUUUGAACCCCCAAAGUAGAAAUACGGAGAAUAUGAAUAAAUUUAGUGUGGUUGAUUGUAAGUCCUCACAUCAGAGUGUUACUUUACCAUCUAUUAAAUCGAAUAACAAAUUUCAUCCACUUCAUGAUGAAUUUAACACAGAUGAUGAUGAUGAUGGAGAUGACGAGAGUAAUGAAACGUCCAAUGAUUUUUCAUUAGAUUUCAAUUUCGAACACUUAAAAGAUUCAAGAAAUGAAAAUAAUGAUAUUUCUAAACGAAAUGAAUUUACAAAUCCAAGCCAUCAAAAUAACCCUGAGCAAAAUGACUACAACGAGUGGUUGACACUACAAAAGGAAUUGACUUUAAUGACUGAAAAGAAAUCGGAAAACCAACAUCAAAAUCUGUUAUUGCACCAGCAAAUUCGGUCUACGCAGAAUAUGCAAAUUCACCAUCAGCAAAUGACUUUAUCUCAAACAAACGCACAUUUAAAUGUAUCAAAAUCUGUUGAAAAGCAAUUAUCGGAAAUUUUUGAAUCAGCCUCUCCAACACCAAAGGAUGUUGACAGUCAACUAUCUGAACUUUUUAACUCGACGAAUACUGCAAAUGAUAUUUUACCAAAUGGUCAUAUAACUAAUGUCACAAAUACUUCAAAAUUAAAUUCAAAUAACCACAAUAUGCAGUUGUCUGAAUUAAUUAACAGUGAAAUAAUCAAUAUUAAUCAUAACUCUAUUGGAAGUAAAGCUGUGGAAACACGUUUAGAUUCUAUGUUCGGAGAAUCUCCUGUAAUUGAAAAAACUGAUAAUGCUUCCGAUAUUGUAGAAUCGCAUUUGAAUGAUAUAUUUAACAACACACCUACACAAACCAUUUCAACAUCAAACGAGGCGAAUUCUCUACAUCAACAAAAUAAUCAUCUGAGUCACUUCAAUCCUCAAAGAAUAGAUAAUCAAAAUUUCAGUAGUAAUAAUCAUUUAUUAAAUAAUGCUAAAAGACCAUGGACUUCACUUGAUCAUUCUGAUAUAUUGGGCGAAUCUAAUGACACGAAUCGUAAUGCAUCAAAUAAUAUUAACAGUAAUGUUCAAGAAUUGGCAUCGAAGCGUAUUUGUAUUAGUAAUUCCUUUGGUAUAGAAGAUUCUUCAACCAGUAGCUCACACCAACAGUCAUCACGAUGGAUAUUGGAAAAUCAUUUUGGAGACUUCUUAUCAACAACUAACGUAGAAUCUGCAACAGAAAAAAAUCGCUGGAAUGGUCAAAACCAUUUAAGUUCUAAUAAUAUUUUAAAUGAUUCACAAAUAAACAAGAAAACGAAUGAUGACAUUGUCGAUUCAUGGACGAGUCACCAUCACGAUUCUCAUUAUAAUCUACACGAGCCAGAUUUUCCUCAGAUUGAUGGUAUUACAGUCAAUUCCGCUAAUCAUUUAGAUCAACAUAAUAAUCAAGAUCAUAACUUACAACAUAAUUUCCCAUCACAUGAUACUGUUUUUGGUACUCCUCAUUCUCAUUUAAAUAAUCAUUCAAAUAUCAACAAUGCACACAUAAGUGGAACAAAUAGUAGCGUUAACCAAAAUAAUUCUAGUAUUACAUCAAAUUUUGAUGAUGAUAUUAAUAGACAUGUUCAAAAUGCAAUUGAUAGUAUAUUAAAUCUACAAAAUAGUGAAAGCGAUUCAUUGAAUUUUUCUCUGGAUCAUUCAAUGGGCUCCUUUUUAGCAGAUAGCCCUCUAGAUCACCAUAAUCAACAUCAACAACAACAACCACACAGAAAUCAACAACAAGCAUCGGCCUCUAGUGUAAUUGAUAAUUCUAAUUGCGUUCAAACUAAAAGAAAUCGUAAUAAAAUUAUAGAUGAUCUAAGUGAUUGUCUUAUUAGCGGUGCCGUCGGUGACAAUAGUAAUAUAAUGAUCAAUUCACCAGCAGCUUCUAAUAAUGCAGGAACAACGGUUAUUACUGUUUCAGAAAAUAAUAGCGCUGAAAGGGGUAAUGCUAAUAACGGCAGUAAUAAUAAUGAUCACAGUAUAAUCAAUAACAAUAGUAAUAAUAAUAAUAAUAAUAGUAAUAAUAGUAACAAUCAAAAUAAUAAUAAUGGAAAUAGGCAUACAGGAAAUUUACAUAAUAUAACAGAUUUUAGUUGUGUUGGAACAGGUUUAGAUGAAGCUGUUAAAUCAAUAAUGACGUCUUGACAUUUUAAUUCUAAUAAUAUAGAAUACAAAGAAAAAAUUUAUUAGUUUCAUUUGAAAAAUUAUAUAUUAUAUGAAAUUUUAUUAAUUAUUUAUUUAUUUAUAAUAUUAUUAUUAUAUUUAGUAUAAUGUUAUAUAUUUGUAAAUGUAUAUGUAUAUAAAUUUAGAAAAUUUUGAAUUUAAGCUCAUUUUAAACACAAUUUAAUAGGGCUGUUCGAAUAAUUUCAACGGAACAAUUUUGAAAUAAUAUGUAAAAGGAAGACGUUUACUUUAGGAAAACUGUUUUACCUUCAUUCAAUAUCAUUAACCUUGAUACAAAUAACAAUUUUUUUAAAUUUUUAAACUUUAGUAGCUUUUCAGAAUAAUUAUAGCUUAUACAAUGUUAAAGCAAGAUAAAAGAACUAGAAACCUUUUUCUCUCCUUUUGUUUUUUAUAAAAUAUAUUUUUUUGUUUUGGUUAUUUUUGAAGUAUUCUAACAGCCUUAAUAUGUGAACAAUUGUAUGUAUAUUAUACGUAUAAAUAUUGUCCGCAUAUAAAUAUAUAUAUAUUUAUAUUUAAUAUAUUAUCAUGCGGUGAAAAAAAUUAUUUGAUAGUAUGUUAAUAUUAAAAUAUAAUUUUAGAAAAAUUUAGUUUUCAAUUAAUUUUCAACUAUUAUAAAGCGCACAAUACUAUAUACAUAAAAAAAACUAUUUUUUUUUUUUUUUACUUAAGUUUUAAGUAACACACAUGUAAUCAGAAAUUGAUCUCAAUAUUAAAACUUUUGUACAUAAUAUACUUACAUUAUAUGCAUCAUAAUAUAUUACUUUUAUGAUAAUGUCACUAUAUACCCAUAUGUGUUACAUUUAUAAUGAUAAUUGUGUUAUUCGAUACAAUUUUAGAUGAAUAUUAUAACUUAACUAGUUUUUGCUGUUAGAAAGAAGAAAAACAUACAAGGGGUCUAUCAUCAUUGUUUUUAUUAUUCAAAUUAAUGACACAACUGUAACAUGUAAAAGAUAUUCACUAAUUGCUUCUUUGUUGAAAGAUAAUAUUCGUCUUUCACAAUGAUGACAGGGCCAUAGUACAUAUCAAUUAAAACAUACAUUACUAAAAAAAUAUAAAAAAUUAAACAAAUAUUGGCAAACCCUUGUAUUUUCUUUCUAUUUGAUGAAGUAAAUUUUACAAUUAAUGAAUUAUUAUUUCAGUAUUUUAAAUCAAUGUAAAAAAAAUUUUUAUAUGUAAAAAAAAAAUUAUUUAAAUAUUAAAAAUCAUUGAGUAAACAGUUAUUGAAUUCAAUGUUUUAAAUCUUUAAUAUUAUAAAUUUUUUAUAUGACGCUCAAACAAAAUACAAACUUUAAAUAAAUUUGCGGCACAAUUGCAAAUAAUUUACGGGGCCUGUCAUCACUGCUUUUAUCAUUUACAUUUUUGUGAGUCUAUUCAUUCAUUUUUGGUGUCAUCAUUUAAAAAUAUCAUCAUAGAUGGUGUUAUCACUUUUCCUUUUAAUCAUUUUUUUUUUUUCUUGACAAUGAUGACAGAGGCCUUAAUUUGUCAGGAAACAAAAACUUUUAUUGCUUAAAAUAAUGAUUCAUUGCUAUUAAAUUUCUCCAAAUAUAUAAUAACAGCAAAAUUAUUCCCUGUUCAAAAGCAGAAAAACAUUUUUAUUGGAAUUUUGUAUUAUUUGACACAAUUAUCAAAAGCAUAAUGAGAGAGCAAAUAAAUUCAUAUCAAUUAAAUACACUUACCUUUACAACGUAAAAUUUUCAAAUUCUAUCUCAAAAAAAAAAAAAAUUAAUUUUAAAAAAAUAGUUUAAUCACAGAAUUUCCACAUCUGAUAGUAUUGUAAUAAAUUUGACUUGGAAAUUAUAUAAAUAUAAUUUAAUUUUUACUAGGUAUUCAAAACUUAAAAGUGUGACAAAACAUUAAUUUUCUUUUGUAAUUAAAUACAAUAUUUUUAACAAAAAAAAAAUUAAGUAAUAUUUUAUUUAAAAACUACGGUGAAGGAAAUUAUUAUUGCUAUUACAAUUAGAAAUUAAUAUUUCAUCUUUGAAAAUCAAAUUUUAUGUUAAAUUAUUACAAAAAAAAAAUAUAAUUCAAAAAAAUUGUGUUCAAAGAAAAUCAAUUCUGUUAAGGAUUUCAAUCGUUGAAAAGAGAAUUUCGUUCUCUUCUCGUUUUGU